UAUUGCGUUUGCCUUUUAUAAAGCCGAGUGAUUCGCUUCUCUUCUCUGAUACUUUUUAGUUUCCUUCUCCACUCGAAGCUCAGAUCGAUAACAAAAACUUAACAAUUUCUCAAUCUCGACGAAGAUGGCGAUGCAGAAGGCUAAGGAGAUCGUUAACAGUGACUCAGUCGUCGUUUUCAGCAAGACUUUUUGUCCGUACUGUGUGAGAGUGAAGGAGCUUUUGCAACAGUUGGGAGCUAAGUUCAAGGCUGUUGAGCUCGACACUGAAAGUGAUGGUAGCCAAAUUCAAUCAGCUCUUGCAGAAUGGACAGGACAGCGCACCGUGCCUAAUGUGUUUAUAGGAGGAAACCACAUUGGUGGCUGUGAUGCAACAUCAAACUUGCAUAAAGACGGGAAGUUGGUUCCGCUGUUAACUGAAGCUGGAGCUAUCGCUGGAAAGACCGCAACAACCUCUGCUUAAGAAGCACAUCCUUAUGUGAUUGCUUCAUCAGGAAUAAAAAAGGUUUGAGUCAGCAAUAAGAAGUUGUUUCGUUGUAGUCAAGUUAAGAAAUAUUCUGGAAUGUUAUAAGAUUGUGGUUAUGUUGAAGUCCAGUUUGAACUUCUGAUAUAUAUUAUGUUAAUCAUCUUCUGGAUA